AGGAAACAAUAAAACAGAAAAAGAGGCAAUAUUAUGCUGAGACCACUAAAAAAGCCAGUGCUUAGGAAUGAGCAAGCAGAUGAGGCAGCUUAUUUAGCUCACCUAGCUGCGCAGAGAAACGCCAGUGCCUUCUUCGAGAAGUACGAGCGAAGUGAGCUUCAGGAACUACUGACCACUUCAUUUUGUAGCUGGUUGGCAACCAAAGAUAACUUGCGCCAGACAUUGGACCUCCCCACUGGGCUGCUGAGACAAAUGAAAAGCGUAAAUGUCCCAACGGCUAUUUUUCUAACACCCGUGGAGCCCGACUUAGAGUUGGACUGCAGAGAAAUCCAUCAGAUCAUCAGAGAGUUGUCUGUUGGGAUUUACUGUCUAAACCAAAUUCCGUCCAUCAGUUUGGAUGCUAAUUACGACCAAAGUACUUCUUGCUCCCUCCCUCCAGCGUACUUCGACACCCGAAUCGGGCAAAUGUUGAUCGCCGUGGAUUACAUGCUGAAAGCCUUGUGGCAUGGGGCAUACAUGCCCAAAGAAAAACGCGUCAGAUUCUCUGAACUGUGGCGUUCUAGCAUGGAUAUUGACGCAGACGGCAUCCCUCAAACAGAAAGAACUGCGUGUGCAGAGUUCUGUCAAGCUGGUCUAAUGGAUAUUUCAAAAGAACCAGAUUUCCUAGGAAUCUAUGAGGAAAACCUGAAUGAAGAUCCAACGUAUGACCCUAACAGCCCAGAGGAAAAAGCAUUCUUUAUGCAGUUUGCGGACGACAUAUUUCUUAAGUUGACUUUUGCCACCACAGAGGUUCAGCAGUAUGAAAAUGUGUUCAAGUUUGAUGCAGCAUACAAUCUUUGCAAUGCGAUAAGGAUGACUGAGGACCGCCUCGAUAUGCAUGGAUAUCAGAGGCUGCAGCAGAGGCUAGCUCUUCAACAAAAACUUGUCAAGAAAUACCUAGAAAAAAAGGUCGAGAUCCGGAAAAACAUAGCAUAUCUAAAGCUAAUGAGUUUUCUUAUUCCAUUUAUUGUCAACUUGAAAAGGAAAAAUAAAAUCCCGAAUUUAAAUCGGCUUCUUCAGCCGUAUUCAGACGACAAAGUCAAAACGGAACGUGAACUGCCUCCAAUUUUGCUCGGACCAGAUUUUAAGUGCCAGCAUUUUGUAUAUGCCCAGAAUCAGUAUUUCCAUCUCCACGGUGGCAUUGAAUAUGAUGUCGGUACUCCCUCAGUUGAAGACCUUUCAGAUGAGAUUAAGGCUGCCUAUGACGAAAUGCAUACAUGUGCAGCAAAUCACCUCGCUCAACUGUUGGACCCAGAUGCACCCUAUAGAGAACAUUACCCCAUACCAAUAAUGGAUUUUCAAGGCAAGAGCUAUUAUGUAAUCGGGAUCGAACUUGAACCAUUUUAUCUGCUUUUUAAGAGCCAAUGGUGGGGUGCCAUAAAUGAAGUAGUAAGCACACUUAAACCCAAAAGGCUUCCAUUAACUGAUAUUCAAGCAAUGGACCAAUUCAAGAAAAGAUUUGGCUAUAAGAAGGCUAUUAAAUGCAAGAGCCUGCCAUUUGGCAUGAGGGCUGCUGCUGAAAGAGGGUUGGCUGCUAUCUUCCUCACCUUCUGCCGCAAGACAUCCCUCUCCAGCCUUGCUCUUUCAGACGAACAUGGCUACGGUCUCAUCCACUAUGCUGCUAUCUACAACCGUGUGUCAAUCAUAUGCCAGUUGAUUAAAUCAUAUCUGACAAUCAACCAGAGGCGCAGCAUCCCAGUUAGCCAAGGUAGGAAAUAUGGGAGCUUUGCUCUUGCCAUUAAGGGGUGCACAGGUUUUGGUCCCACUGCUUUGCACCUAUCAGCUCAAUGCUCUUCCGUCGAAGCCCUCAAUUUCCUCCUGGCCUUAAAAGCAGAUUACGAAAUACCCGAUGAACGAGGGUGGCUGCCUGUACAUUAUGCUGCCUUCUAUGACAAUGUUACCUGCUUCAUAGUUCUCUACCGAAAACACCCAGCUUCGUUAGAGGCUGAAACACGAAAUGAACAAUGCUCCACCCCGCUUUUGCUUGCCGCUACAUCUGGGGCAUUAGAUACGAUCCAGUAUUUGUUUUCUCUUGAAGCCAACUGGCUGAAAAAGGACAGCGAAGGGAAUAAUAUCAUUCAUUUGGCAGUGCUGAACUUUCACACAGAGGUUCUGAAGCAUCUGAUUGAGCUGCACAACCCUGAUCUCCCGGUUUGGAAAACUCUUGUCGGUAUGUUGGAUUGCAAAGAGCAGAAAAGGAAAGAAAUGGCAAUACGGUGUUUGGAAGUACUUUGUCUCGCCAAAGAUCAUUAUUGGAAGUGCAUUUUGGAUGCAGGUACCAUACCCUCAUUAAUCAGCUUGUUAAAAAGUGGCAACGUCUACCUGGAGUGCAUCACUGUGGGAGUACUGAGUAACAUCUCAAUCCACGAGUCCAUCGCCAAAGCUUUUGUAGAAGCAGGAGGCAUCACAGUAUUAAUUAAGCUACUGGCAUCUCAUGAACCUGAAUUGCUUUCCCGUUGUGCUGUCCUUUUAUAUGAUAUUGCCCAGUUGGAUAACAAUCAGGUUAUCAUUGCUGAACAGGGUGGAAUUCCUGCGCUUGUCAAUCUGUUGCAGUACAACAUAGAAGACCUGCUUGUGAACGUUAUAAAUUGCAUUCGAGUACUGUGCGUUAACAACCAAGAGAACCAGUUGAAAGUGAAAGAUGCCAGGGGGAUCGAGCCACUUGUCAACUUCUUGCAGUCAGAUUCAGAUGUGCUGCUGGCCGUGGCUUCGGCAGCGAUUGCAGAACUUGCUCGUGGGAAUUUUAGAAUGCAGAACGCCAUUGCUGAUGCCCAAGUCAUCGCCCCUCUAGUGGAACUUCUCAGAGGAAGGAAAAUCAGUGUCCAAGUGAAAGGAGCAAUGGCGAUCGAGGCACUCGCUGAAAGGAACGCUAACAUCCAGAUGAGAUUUCUAGCCAAGUCUGUGACCAAAUUCCUUUUAAAGCUCCUGAAGGCUUUUCACCUGAAAGUUAAAGAACAAGGUGCUGCCACACUUUGGGCACUGGCAGGGCAAACCUUGAAGCAGCAGAAAUACAUGGCAGAACAGAUUGGAUACAACCUUAUUAUCGAUAUGCUGCUGUCACCCUCUGAUAAAAUGCAGUGUGUUGGAGGUGAAGCAGUCAUAGCUCUUAGCAAGGAGAGCGAAAUGCACCAGAACCAGAUCUGCGAAGGGAACGGAAUUUCCCCUUUGGUUCGGCUGCUAAGGAGCGGAAGGAUAGCAGAGGGCACCCUGCUCAGUGUCAUCAGAGCCUUGGGGACCAUUUGUAUUGGUGAAGCUAACAUAAACAAUCCAGUCAGUCAAGAGAACGUAGUGGAUGAAGGAGCCUUGCCAAUAUUGGUCCACUUACUGAAACAUCAUAGUUCUCUUCACAUAAAGGUUGAAGUUGCAUAUUCUUUGGCUUGCAUUGUUCUAAAGAACGAUAACCUGCAGAGUGUGUUGCGAGAGAAGGAAGGCUUUAGUUAUUCCGAUGUACUUGGGCUCCUUUACGUACCGGAGAAGGAUAUCUGUUUGCGAGCAGGAAAUGCUAUCGCCCUUUUUGCGUAUAAUAAUCCCAGCCAGCAGUUAUUGAUUUUAGAGUCCGGACCGAUAUCUGUGUCUAUAUUUGAACCUUUUCUGGAAUCGGAAGUAGAGACAGACAGAGCAAUGGCUGCCUUUCAGAUAGUUAUACUAGCCAGAAUUAUAGUUGAUAUGGAUAAAGUCAGUCUGUCUGCAAAAGGAGUUUCUAUUUUGGUCGACCUGCUAUGUUCGGAAAAGACAGCGACUCUGGUGUUAAUAGGGAAGCUAUUGGCUAGUUUGGCUCACACAAGAGCAGGUAUUCCAGAAGCAAUUACAUGCUUAGGAACUGUCCGACGUCUUUGUUAUCAUUUAUACGCAAAGGAAGAAGAGGUUCGUACAUCUAUGGCCUGUGCUCUGGGAUAUUUAACAUUCAACCGAACUGCAUAUCGGCAUUUGCUAGUACAAUGUAGGAAUAAGCCCAAGUUGUUCAAGAGGCUAAUACUGAACCUUAGCAAGGAUGCAAGAAUAAAUUCAGACUUUGUGAAAGAAUUUAAGAGGCAAAAAAGAGUUGGGCUUCCAUCUCUCAGUUUGGAGAUAAACGGAGGGCCGCCUGCAGUUCCUGUACACAUACGAGACAAAUCACAAACCAGUGGCGUCAAGAUAUACAAAACAAAGUGUCGUCCAAAGGAUUCCCUCUUCUUGGUGCCCACGACGACUCACCUAAUGGGAAGGUUCAAAACACCGGAGAAGCCCCGUGUCCCAGCAGCCGGCCACAUUCCAUUUCCACAUGCCACAACAUCGGACCUCAUUCAAGUUUCGAGACCGAGAAUUGUCAAUGUCUCCGCGCUCCUCAGCAACUUGUCGGGAAAGAAAUCUUGACUGUAGUGCCUGCACUGGGGCAGCAACGGAAAUAGUAGUGUCUCUGCUAAUACCUUUCAGAUAAUUAGAGUAAAUAUUACUGCUCUGUCCGUAACAGAUAUCCACAAUGAAAGUUUGUCUAUUAAUAAUGCAAAAUAAUAAUAAUAAUUGCUGCUGUGGUAGAGAAUAAAAAGGCUGGCAAUUAACUGUAAGCAUUC